AUUAUCGUCUCUAAUACCACAUGACAGCAAUAUGACCUAACUGGGACGGACGGGACCAUGGGGAAAGAAGCUCGAACAAGAAAUGUUUGGCGACAACGAAGGAAACGUCGAGAAGUUAUAUUCCUCGUGCUAGCAGGACUGAUGCUUUGUGCUACGAUCGUGGUACAGAUACUAAAGCCAGCUGGACGGAGUGUUGAGGUUUCGGCGGUCGAUGGGAGGACGCAACACAAUGAAGGAAGUCGCGUUAAGAGAGCUAUUGAACUGUCAGCGACAGAGGAGCCCCAGAAUUGCACAAAGCGUUCAGUGGAGGAAUUUCCCCCUGAUCUCUUCACCCUGGAGCAAAAACAGCGCUACGGCCUCAUUUUUCUUCACUGUCUGGGAGCUUUGUACAUGUUUAGCGCAUUAGCUAUUGUCUGUGAUGAUUAUUUUGUGCCUUCUUUAGAACAUAUCUGUACAAGGCUAGGUCUGUCACCAGAUGUCGCCGGGGCAACCUUUAUGGCCGCUGGAAGUUCUGCGCCUGAACUAGCCACAUCAAUAAUAGGUGUAUUUAUUGCACAGAGUGACGUCGGGCUUGGAACCAUUGUGGGAAGUGCCGUCUUCAACAUACUCAUCAUUGUUGCUAUGUGUUCCCUUUUUGCUGGCAUGGUGAUUCCGCUCACUUGGUGGCCUCUGUUUAGAGAUUGUUCCUACUAUGCAUUGUCUGUUAUAGUGUUAACAGUUGUGAUACAAGAUGGGGAAGUUCACUGGUAUGAAGCACUGAUAAUGUUUACAAUGUACAUUCUAUAUGUGACAUUUAUGUACUUCAACCCCAGAGUAAGUAGCUGGGCAAUUGCAAAG